ACGCGUAGUUCAUCGCCGCUCACUUCAAGCGGCACGUUCGUGACUGGGUGACGUCGGAGACAGCGGUGCGACGCUCCUUCCUCGUUUGUACUUUAAUUUCCCUGAAUUUUUCACGACAAUUAUGUACGUCGUUUGGAUUAUUAUUGCGUCUUUAACAAGCGGAGAAAACUGCGUGGCUACCGACGGUACGCUUGUAAACGUUAACAGGUACUGCAGAGACAGAGACAGGUUAAUCACGUCCGAGGAGAACGACGAGUAUUUGCUCGUCGGCGCCGAGAAUAAUACGAAUAUCAUGCUAGCCUGUCGCUUUUGCAACGAGCACGAGGAGGACCAGCCAAAAAUUUGGUAUUAUCAAGAUCGUUAUCGAGAACAAGCGGAAAAGGAAGUUGAAUUGGGAAUGGAUAAUAACGUUUCAUACAGUAGAAUAUAUACAACCCCGGAUCUCUCUCUGGUUGUAAAAAGCUUCACAGUCAUCGACACCGGCAUUUAUCGAUGCCACGGCAAAGAAGGUCAAGAGAAGGAAAAUAAAUAUAAUUACAGGAUUGAACCAAUUCUUAAGAAUAUUGGCGGCGAGUUUGUAGAAAAGGGAAACAUAACUGAGUGGGAAAAGUAUCGUGAAACAUAUUUAUGGCCUGUCACUACGAGAUUUGCAGUCUCGAAAAUGACGGAUUUAGCAGAGAUUCGUGAAGAAGGGGUAAUCCUUCAAGUAGUGUCCGAAUGGGGUCCCUGGAGCUCAUGCAAACAAUGUGUAGAUAAUCGCGGUAUUAAAAUCAGCAGGGGCUACUGUAGAUUAAAGCGCAACAUAAAUUCGACUAUGAUAGAGAAAAAUAAUUCAAUCAUUAUACACUUCUUUCGGGGCUCUCCGAUGCUUCCUUGCAAAUCUGCCCUGCUUCAAAAUGAAUUUCCUAGUGUCAGUCGUGUCGUGCGAUAUUUGCCGGAAUUUAUUUUAACAGAACCUUGCAAGAAAUGCCCGCGCGUAAAGAAAAGGAGAAAGGGCGAAAAAUUUCGCUACGUCAAACGAUACGUUCUCGCCGAAGGCGCUCAUCUCGCCGUAGCUUGUCCGGAAUCGAGCACAGCAUCGCAAGUAAUUUGGAAAAAGGACACGCUCACUUUGAAGAAGGGAACGAUUCAGUCACUUCGUAGAAAAGAUAAAGAAGCUCGAGUGAUGGUAGACCCUUUCUCAACGCUCUAUUUGACAGACAUAUCCAAAGAGGAGCAUGGUAACUAUACUUGUUACGUGGACAACAUUAAUAUGAUGCGCCUGAAGAUCAUCGUCGUGUCUAAGACUCGGCUUUUGACGCAAGGCAUUCUUCGAAGAUGCGUAAGCUGCAGAUCGAGAGGAGACCUGGGCUCGUGCAAGGAUCCUUUCACUAUGAAUUCUACGCAAAUCACGCUCGAAAAAGGCAUCGACGCGGUGCCGUGCGUUUCCGGAUGGUGCGGAAAAAUCAUCGAGAGCCAAAAUUUAAACAACGAAUAUGGUACCGCCACGCAAAGAUUGUGCUUCCAGCGAGGCCCUGACGACAACGAGGAGAGAUGCGCUUAUACCGUGUGGAAUUACAAGAAAGUGUACAUGUGCCUCUGUUACGGGGAUCUUUGUAACGGAACAAUAAGAACGACCGUCGCCAGUGGUUUUUUAAUAACGAUAGCUGUAUGCUUAACACGGUGGCUUAUUUGAGGAUGUAUACUUCGUCGUAUAUGGAUGGAUUGAGUGAUUAAACUUCCUGUGAAUCGUUUAUAGUAAACGCGAAAAUUAGGAAUCAGCACUCUGAUGGACGCGUAUUGUGGAUGUGUAAAAUAAUGUGUUUACAUAAUGCAUAUCAUAAAAAUAAUCACAAGUAAGGCUUGUUUUAGUAUUACAUGUAUUUUCAGAUAUAUAUAUUUUUUUCAUUUUAGUUUUAUUUUAUUAAUUAAUUUUGUUAAUUUGGAGUCAAUUUGAGAAAAAUGUACAAAAAUCCGUUAAGUGUUAACGCAGCACUGGUGGGACAAUUUAUAUAUUAUUAAUUAGUAGUUUAAAAUAGAAAUAAUCUUGAAUAAAUAUCAUUCCUGUUCCCUCCGCGAAAACACACGUUAGUUUCUAACUUAUUACAUUUUGUUGCAGUAUACAAGUCACACAAUUCUGGAAUUGUAAUAAAAAGAUAUUACAUACUGCAGAA